AGGUGGCGGCAUGCACCUAUAAGAUGUGUUUGCGGACCGCCAUAAUACCAAAGAAGAAGAAGUAGCUAGCUUGGCUAACCACAUCAGCUGUGUGCCACAUUUUCGUGAAGCUUUUGAACAGCGUUGCCAUCCAGACCUUUUUUUGUUGUUGCCAAGACUGAGCUCUAGGACCAGACAUGGCACGUGGUCAUCAAAAAGUCCAGUCUCAGCAGAAGAAUGCCAAGAAACAAGCGGAGGCCAAGAAGGCCAAGGGACAUGAUCAGAAGACGGCCGCAAAGGCAGCUUUAGUGCACACCUGUGGUGUCUGCCUGUCACAGAUGCCGGACCCCAAAACCUUCAAGCAGCAUUUUGAGAGUAAACACCCCAAAUCACCGAUGCCCCCAGAGCUGGUGGAUGUUGACUCUGGCAUCUGAACCGGACUCCCACUGAAGACCCCAGCUAUGUUCCUUGUUUAAGGCAAACUGUCAAUGCUGAAAACAAACCCAUCUCUGUUAUCCACACCCUCAAACAGACAACAAACCCCUCUCUCUCACCCACACCCUCAAACAGACAACAAACCCCUCUCUCUUAUCCACACCCUCAAACAGACAACAAACCCCUCUCUCUCACCCACACCCUCAAACAGACAACAAACCCCUCUCUUAUCCACACCCUCAAACAGACAACAAACCCCUCUCUCACCCACACCCUCAAACAGACAACAAACCCCUCUCUCUCAUCCACACCCUCAAACAGACAACAAACCCCUCUCUCUCUCAUCCACACCCUCAAACAGAAAACAAACCCCUCUCUCUCUUAUCCACACCCUCAAACAGACAACAAACCCCUCUCUCUCAUCCACACCCUCAAACAGACAACAAACCCCUCUCUCUCUCAUCCACACCCUCAAACAGAAAACAAACCCCUCUUGUUAAAUGCUUAUGUCUCUUUUGUUGAUCUUUCAUCCUAGUUUCCAGUUUCUCCCUGUGGAUUACCUAGAAAUAGACACAAUCUCUUUCAUUGUUUCCUUUUAGUUUAUAAUUGAAUGUUGGGUAGAAUGGAGCAGAUGUCCAUUCCCAGCUGUGAGAGGUUGAAGAUGGUCCCUGAUCUGGUGUUAGGUCUGUAGCAUCCUUCUCUUCUAGCUCUAAUCAAUGCUUUGUUUUUGGCUGAUCAAACCCAUCAUUUUUGACAGCGUUGAUCCAAGCUGAAACAUGUUGUGACUUGUUUUCUAAUUCACAUCAAACUCCUCAGCAUAAUUUGUACACUUGGAAAAUGCAUUCAUGCCCCAAUGAUGUAAUAUAACAUUCAAUAAAGUUGGCCUUGUUUAGUA